AUGAGGAGCAGAGAAUCAGAGACAAGGACACGAGGACGCACAGUGUCUCACAGAGGAAACUCACCCACCGGUCUACUUCCUGUCAUCACUGCAGUCUAUGAGCUGCACCGAGGCAGAGGACUGGACUUUACUACGAUCCUGACACACGGAAAAAAAAACCACCUGUUGAAGCUCCAACCAGCAGAAGCAUCAGCAGCAGACGCCAUGUCCUCUCCUUCCCUCCCCAUGCCCUCCCUCCCCCCCAGCCCCCUCGCCAUGGAGUACCUAAACGACUUUGACCUCCUCAAGUUCGAGGUGAAACCGGACACUCCUCCGCUCGCUCCCCGUGCGUGUACCCCAAAUCCAGCCUCCCCACGACCCCUCCAGCUCCCCGUACACCGGCCACCCCCGCAGGACUCCAGCUUGAGCUCCAGCCCUUACAACUCGCUGCCGCCCUCGCCGACGCUCAGCGACGCCCAUCCGCCACCCUCGGGCUCCUCCUCCCUCUCCUCGUCCUCCUCCUCCAUCUCCUUCCCGCUCUCCAUCUCCAACAGCUUCACCUCGGGCAUCAGCUCGGGCUCUCAGGGGAACGUGGAGGGCAGCCCAACCCACGGCGGGCCUCCGGGUCCCGCCCCGGCCUCGCUGGAGGACCUGAUCUGGCUGGCGGCGCUGCAGCAGCAGUUUGGCGGCGAGGUGACGGGGCCCGCCACGUUGCUGGGGGCCUUGGGUGGGGUGCCGGCGGGGGACCGGGAGAGGGGGCCGGUCAACGGGUUCCUGGGCUGCGAGGACGCUGUGGAGGCUUUGCUGAACUCUGCUGCUGCUGCUGUUAGCUCGCAGUUUCCAGGUCUUUCUCAGAGUUCGAGCAGCAACCUUGGAGACUCCAGCAGCGACAGCGGCGCCGACAUCUCCUGCCCCAAAGGGACGGACAUGUGCCAUCGCCCGCUCGUCUUCCUCUCAUCCGGCGCUCCCUCGCUCCCCAACGCCGCCUCGGCCUCGGCCCCUUACCCGCAACCCCUCAGCCCCCAGGGCCGCCUUCAUCACCACCAGCAUCACCAUCACCACCCACAUCAUCCCAUGCAUGGCAGCCAUCACCAUCAUCAUCACCACCCACAACUCAAUCAGUGCGGGGUGAACGACCGCUUCUCCGACGAGCAGCUGGUGAGCCUGUCGGUGCGCGAGCUGAACCGACACCUGCGGGGAGUGAGUAAGGACGAGGUGGUGCGCUUGAAGCAGAAACGCCGCACGCUAAAGAACCGCGGCUAUGCACAGUCCUGCCGCUACAAGCGCCUACAGCACCGCCACGCCCUGGAGUCGGAGAAACAUGUGCUCACACAACAGUUGGACCAGCUACAGUGCGAGCUGACUCGAGUGCUGAGGGAGCGAGACGCCUACAAGGCUCGCUACGAGAAGCUCCUCAGCACGAACCACAGCAUCGGUGGCGACGCCCCGCCGACCCGCACCAGCAACCCACCUUCCCCGCCCCCUGACUACUUCCUCUGA